AUGACGUCGAAUGGUCUAAUUGCACGACGACGACUCGUAGUGCAAGUUGGACGACAUCGAAUCAGCUUAGCUAGCAGACGAGUACAAGAACACGAAGCGUUCGAGUUGAUCGUACAUCCGUAGUACAGCGUCAACAGUUUCCACCACGAUAUCGCUCUGAUUAUGCUCGCUACCGAUAUCACCUAUACCGACUACAUCCAACCGAUUUGCUUGUGGAAUCGAGGCGAUGAUCUGCGCUUGAUCGAGGGCUCUUGGGGAACGGUGAUCGGAUUUGGUAUUGAUGAGACUGAUGAUACUUCUGACACACUGCGUGAAGCUACCAUUCCCGUCGUUAGCCAUAUCACCUGCAUCGAAAGCAACCGAGCAACGUUUGCCUAUCAACUAACCUCGAAUAUGUUCUGUGCUGGUAAUCGUGAUGGGAUCAGUGCCUGUAACGGCGACAGCGGAGGAGGUUUAUUCUUCAAGUACAACGAUGUCUGGUUCGUUCGUGGCGUGGUGUCUUUUACGAAGCCUCGUCAAAAUACGCGUUUAUGUGACACGAACGAAUACACCGUGUUCACCGAUGUGGCGAAGUACAUGAGCUGGAUUGAGCAACACGUUCGAGGAAUUGGUGAUCAACCGGAGGUUGUAGAUGAUAAUAAUAAUCGAAAAAUUGGGUUGCUACCGAUGUCCACCUGUGGUCCCAAUCCGUAUGCCAGCUGGGAAGAAUCAUCUAAACCGGUCAUCCUCGGAUAUCCUUGGAUGGGUCUAGUAGAGUGUACUAAAAAAGAAACGUUCGAAAAGGAUAUAUUUUGUCAAGCGGUAUUAAUUAGCGACCUAUCAACCGUACGAUUGGGAGAGUAUGACAUGGACUCGACGAAGGAUUGCGCACAGGUGGAUGGACAAAUGUGCAUUAAGCCUUCGGACAUUCGGUUAGGCAAAAGUGAUUUGAGAAACAGUUGA